GUUAGAGUCUUUUUCCUUGCUCACGUGGCAAGAGAAUGAAUGAGAAAGAGGUGAAGCAACAUGUGGCAGAAAUAAGAAUAUCUCUUCCAGAGCUGGGUUCACUACCCCAGGCCAGCACCCCACCUCUUCCUCCUCCUCUUCCAUCAUCAGGGGUAGCUCUUUCCUGCUCCUACCAUCACCACCUUGAGCAUCCUCUGGCUCCACCAAGCCCCAGCCAUGCCCAAUAUGGUGCUGUUCUGUGGCCGCUCACACCAGGACCUGUCCCAGAAAGUGAUGGAUAGACUGGGGCUGGAGCUGGGCAAGGUGGUCACUAAGAAGUUCAGCAACUAGAUCAGCAUAGAGAUUGUUGAAAGUGUGAGAGGCCAAGCUGUCUAUAUUAUUCAGAGUGGCUGUGGAAAAAUUGACAGCUUGACAGAACUUAUUAUGAUCAACAGGGCAAAGCCACAUGGUCCUCCAGAGUGAAGACAGUACUCCCAUGUUUUUCAUGCUCCCGACAAGAUAAAAAGGACAAGAGUCAUGCUCCAGUUUCUGAAAAAUUUGUAGCCAGUCUGUUUACAGUAGCUGGGGCAGAUCACAUCAUUCACCUGGAUCUGCAUGCUGCUCAGAUCCAGGGCUUCUUCGAUAUCCCUGUGGGUGACUUACAUGCAGAACCAAGAGAAUGUUGCAGACUGAAGGAGCUGUGUCAUUGUUUCCCCCGAAGCAGGAGGCUACAUCAUUUACGGACAGACUGAAAGUGGAGUUUGCCUUGCUUCAUUGAGAGAGAAGGAGAGCCAUGGGGGUGAAUAGGAUGAUUCCGGUUGGAGAUGUUGAAGAUCAGGUGGCCAUCCUCGUGGACGACGUGACCGAUACAUGCAGCACAAAAUACUGUGCUGCAGUCAAGCUGCUCUAUGCCAGAGCCACUAAAGUUUACGCCAUUUUUACUCAUGAAAUCUUCUCUGGGCCAGCUAUUUCCGGAAUUUAUAAUGCUGCCUCCGAAGCUGUCGAUGACACAAACACCAUUCCCCAAGAGGACAAGAUGAAACACUGCUCUAAGAUUCCAGUUAUUGAUAUUUCAGUGGUUUUGGCUGAGACAAUCCAAAGAGCAGACAGCAGCAAAUGACUCUUACUUGUUUAGCCAUGGCCCUCUAUGCCUCCAGAAUAUUAUUAUUUCAAACAUUUUACUCUGGAUUUUAAAAAUUAUUUUGACUUUAGAACUCAGUAAAAUCUAGAAUGAUGAAUACUAAAGCAUCAGAUCUCUGUUUUAAACCUUGGAACAUAUCUUUAUGGUUUUAGGAGACAAUGUAUAGGGAUAAAGGACUGUUUGCUUGUUUUUAAUGGGACUUGCCUUGAAUGAGAAAUGUCUGUUAUUUUGCCUUCUUGUGAUAGGUAAAUUUUACCUUUUUUCUUAUGAUACUUUGAGGCCACAAUCAUAUAAUGUAAUUGCAUUGGUUUGAUGCUUGUAUACUUCAAGUUAAGGUCUAAAAAAACUCCAGCUGUGAAAGCAACAUAAAUGGAUUCUAAACUGUACUUCAGCUAAGUUCCCUUGCCUGGAGAAAGUAAUGUCGACUCAUCAUGUGAGCCUCAAUUUGUACAAUAAACUUUGAACCUGGGGAAAAAAAAUAAAAUAAUGAUCCUCAGAUAGAAAACAUGAUUUAAAAGUCUGCAUUGUCUUUCCCUGGCUUGAGAAUUUGUUAUUCUGUCAUUACUUAACAUGACUUUUGUGUUUUAAAAAGUGUUUUAUACACCCUUGUGAAUUAAUGAGGCUGGAUUUGGCCAUACUAAGCAGCCGAAUUUUUAAGGCAAUUUGAGGGUUGUAAUUCAGCCCAGUUGAUAAAGAUCCUGCAUAAGCAGCUGAUCCCACUGCUUGCCCAUCUCUGGCUCCUCGCUGAUCCAGAAGCCAUGAGACCAACCACAUUUUCUGGUUACUUUGAAUAACUCUGUUGAAUGUAGAAAGACUCAACCUCUAUCUAGUCAAAUAAAGGAGUCAGGGAAAUAUGAACAUGCAGAAGUCAUUGAACCCAAACUUAUAUCAACCAACUUACAGGUAUUCAUAUUAGACUAUAUUAUAUGCUGACAAUAUCCAGAAAUAGUGGUACUGUGGUGUCUGUAUGGAAUACAAUGAUCCUCCAGUACUAUGCUAAACAUUUUCAAUAAAAUCAUGUA